ACAACACAAUCCAGUGCAGGCCAUAUGCCUUGAAAGCGUUUCUGAGUUUCGUGUUAGAUUUUUCGUUCCCUUCUGCAUCCCUCCAACUUCCAGUUCAGGAUUUUACUUGAAAUUAUUACAACUUCGCCAUGGAUGCAGCAGACGCAAAUAUUGGGCAGUUACGAGUGAAGGACGACGUAGGAAUUCGAUGUCAGAAGCUGUUCCAGGACUUUUUGGAAGAAUUCCGUGAGGAAGGAGAAGUUAAAUAUUUGAAGCCAGUGCAAGACUUGGAGAGCCCGGACCGGAGUACGUUGGAAGUCAGCUUCGACGAUGUGGAAAGAUACAACCAGAAUUUGGCGACGUCUAUCGUUGAGGAGUAUUACAGAAUUUACCCAUACCUCUGUCACGCCGUCUCAAACUUCGUCAAAGACCGCCUUGGUCUUAAGAAGGAAAAGGAAUGUUACGUGUCCUUCAGCGAUGUGCCCACGCGCCACAAAGUGCGUGACCUCACCACCGCAAAAAUCGGCACCUUGAUCCGCAUCUCAGGCCAGGUAGUCCGUACCCACCCCGUGCACCCGGAGUUGGUCACCGGAACCUUUAUCUGCAUGGACUGCCAGACGGAAGUCCGCGGCGUCGAACAACAAUUCAAAUACACAAACCCAACCAUUUGCCGCAAUCCUGUCUGUUCGAACCGUCGUCGUUUCAUGCUUGACGUGGAGAAAAGUGUGUUCAUUGAUUUCCAAAAGGUCCGAAUCCAGGAGACACAGUCCGAGCUUCCUCGUGGAUGUAUCCCACGCUCUGUUGAAAUUAUCCUUCGCGCUGAGUUGGUGGAGACCGUGCAGGCUGGCGAUCGUUAUGAUUUCACUGGGACCCUGAUUGUUGUCCCCGAUGUAGGGGCUCUGAAUAUGCCUGGAGCAAAGGCGGAGCCUGGGUCGCGCCAUAAGCACGGCGAACAGGCUGAGGGUGUCAGAGGAUUGAAGGCGUUGGGUGUGCGCGAUUUGAACUACAGAAUGGCGUUUUUGGCUUGCAGCGUGCAGAGCACAACGUCCAGGUUUGGCGGCAACGAUGUUCCGCUGAGUGAGCUGACGGCGGAGGAUAUGAAGAAGCAAAUGACGGACGAGGAGUGGAACAAGGUCUAUGAGAUGUCGCGGGACAAGCACUUGUACUCGAACUUGAUUGGGAGCCUGUUCCCGGCGAUUUAUGGAAAUGACGAGGUCAAGCGUGGGAUCCUGUUGCAGAUGUUUGGAGGUGUUGGAAAGACGACCCAUGAAAAAACUACCCUUCGUGGUGACAUCAAUGUUUGCAUCGUCGGUGAUCCUAGUACGGCCAAAUCUCAGUUCCUUAAACAAAUCGCUGACUUCUCACCACGAGCCGUCUACACUUCAGGCAAAGCAUCAUCUGCCGCUGGUCUCACUGCUGCGGUCGUUCGUGAUGAGGAAAGUUUCGAUUUCGUUAUUGAAGCUGGAGCUCUUAUGUUGGCUGACAACGGAGUUUGUUGCAUCGACGAAUUCGACAAAAUGGACGUCCGAGAUCAAGUCGCCAUCCACGAAGCCAUGGAACAGCAAACCAUUUCCAUUGCAAAAGCUGGUGUGCGAGCUACCUUGAAUGCCAGGACUUCAAUUUUGGCCGCUGCGAAUCCCAUCAAUGGACGCUACGAUCGUUCGAAAUCUUUGCAGCAGAAUAUUCAGCUCUCGGCUCCUAUCAUGUCGCGUUUCGAUCUUUUCUUCAUUUUGGUUGAUGAAUGUAACGAAGUCGUGGAUUAUGCGAUCGCCAGGAAGAUCAUUGAUCUUCACUCAAAUAUUGAGGAGAACAUCGAGCAGAUCUACACCCGCGAGGAAGUUCUUCGCUACAUAACAUUCGCAAAGCAAUUCAAGCCGAUAAUCAGUCACGAUGCAGCCAAGCUUUUGGUUGAAAAUUAUGGUCAUUUACGCCAAAGAGAUACUGGGUCGGUUGGUCGUAGCACCUGGAGGAUUACGGUCCGACAGCUGGAAAGUAUGAUCCGUCUUAGUGAAGCCAUGGCUAAAAUGGAUUGCUCCAACGAGGUCCAGCCGCGCCACGUCAAAGAAGCUUUUAGACUCCUCAACAAAUCUAUUAUUCGAGUCGAACAACCCGACAUUCAUUUGGACGACGAGGAGGAGACAGAAAACGGGGAUAUUGACAUGGAAACUGAAGAUCACCCGACAAAUGGACAUGCCCCUGAGAAUGGCGAGAAUGGCGUCGAGGAGACAAAUGGACACACGAAUGGCCACUCAAAUGUUUUACAGAAGAAGAAACUCACAUUGUCCUUCGAGGAUUACAAGAACAUUUCCAAUAUGUUGGUGAUCCACAUGCGUGGCGAGGAGGCUCGAUGUGAAGUGGAAGGCACGGAUACUGGUAUGCGGCGAACGGAUAUCGUCAACUGGUACUUGGAGCAAGUUGCCGAUCAGAUUGAGUCUGAGGAGGAGUUGAUUGAGAGGAAGACGUUAAUUGAUAAAGUUAUUGAUCGAUUGAUUCAUCACGAUCAAGUUAUUAUCCCGCUUACGCAUACGGGGUUGAAAUCAAAGACAGGCGAUUCGCAACCAGAUGAGGAUGCGUUACAGGAGGAUCCACUGUUGGUCGUUCAUCCGAAUUAUGUUGUUCAGUAGAGGGGGACAUUUUUUUAGUUGUACUGUUUUCUGUAUGUUUUUUCUCUGUUUCUAGAUGUAAGAUUUGUGUUAAGUUUUAGUUCGUUAGGAGUAAAAUUAAGCCAUUGAAAUAGACAAUAAAGAUUAUGUCGGUUUUUUUUGUAA